AUGUCUGCACCAGUAUUACCUCGUGCGACAGAGCCUGUGAGCUCAAAUACUCGGGACACAACACCUCAAAGACCGGAACCCACUGCUAUACAGCCACCACAAGAUAAUGUCAAUGAUUCCAAUACGACUUCAAUGCCAAACAUCGGGAAAGAGAGGAAUAACAAAAAGAAAAGAAAUAAUCAUAGAGGGGGAAAGAAAAAGAGACCAAGAAGACAAUCUUUUGCUGCAUCAACCGAGGAUGGGAAUGGUAUGCCUGAAACACCCAUGGCACAACGAGUUGUUCCCCAAAGUGCUGUGAGGUCAAGUUUCUAUAGAGGAAGAAAUUUAAGUGCGACUAGUAUUGAGAGUGAGGAACUUUUGGAUCAUAGAGAACAUCAAAGUAUGCGACCCCGAAGAUCUUCGACCAUGGGACAAAAUGCUUUCGGUCAAAUGUAUGAUAGCCCUUCUUUCAAUCGACCUUCGUAUAGUAAUCCAUUCAAAUCAUCGGAAACUGUCACCAGAAGGCCUGCCACCGGGAAAUCGAAGAACAAUACCGAUGAUGAAGCUUUGAUAGAAGAAACCGACGAGAGGACCCCACUUAUAUCUAGCUCUUCGAAAUCUAAAAGUUCUAACACUCACCUUCAACAAGGAAAACGUAGUCGUCGAAGCUCGAGCAGGUCAUCAGGUCAUAGCAAAAGAAGAACAAUUUUCGAAAAGACUACUUCUGGAUUGGCUAGGCAGAAUGAUGAAUAUAAUGUUAAUUAUCCACCCUCGGUUCCAGGGUCUCCAGUGCUCGGGGCUACAAAUCAGGAUAUGAGCUUUGGAGAUGUCAUGGUUCGCGAUCACUCACCAGAGAGAGAUUCUAUAGAUGCAGGGUCGAUGAGAUCUUUCAGAUCCCUCCCAGAGGAGGCAUGUCAGGACGGUUCAGUUCCCGGUUCCCCACGAAAGGGAUCUUCAUAUGGAGAGCGUAGACAUACUAUAGCAAUGCAAGCCGAGGAAGAUGUUUGCUUUCCAGUUGAUAUGUCUGAGAUGGCAGAAGAAGAUAUCCCUCAACAAGAAGAUGGAGCAUACAGGCCGCGCCGUCAUAAACGAAAAUUUCCAGACCUAUCUUUCCUUGAUGAUUGGAGCAAAUUUGAAAAAGAAGGUAGAAGUGAGGAGCGAAGAGCUAAAAAGAUUACAGAACCUCAAUUGAUAGGUGGACGACUUCGACCAAUUCAUAAAGGUUGGCAUCGAGCAGAGGAUGAUGCACCAUAUCGUUUCACCUAUUUCAAUGAAGAAUUCCCAAGUACAAUUCACAGUCAGACAAUUUCAGAACUUGUUCAACCUGGUGGAAGUUUCAAAGAGUUAUUUGUUCCUGAUCGUCCUGUACUUGAUGAUAGUUCUGAAUCUGAAACGGAGGAUGAGGCCGAUGAUGUGGAAGUUCGCCGCGAAAACGCAUACAUAAGUCAUGCUUUGGGUCAAAGUCAUGGAGACUCUAGGUCGGAGACUCGUCAAUCGUCAAUAAUUGAUAUGGCAAAUCAAGAAUCAAAGCGUACUGAAUCUGGACGUACGGGACGCACUUCAAGAUCGAAUUCUAGACAAGGAUCUGGCGAAGCAUCCCCGAAUAAGUCACCUCCACCAAAGUCUACUCCACUGAACGAAGAAAAGCCGAAGAAAUAUGGUGAUCGUCCUACCUGGUGGCUUGAUGUUCUAUCUCCAACCGAUGCAGAGAUGAAGAUCAUUUCGAAAGCUUUUGGAAUCCAUCCAUUGACAGCUGAAGAUAUCUUAAUGCAGGAAGCUCGAGAAAAGGUGGAAUUAUUUCGACAUUACUACUUUGUCAAUUAUCGAUCAUUCGAACAGGAUAUGAACAACGAGAAUUUCUUAGAGCCUGUCAAUAUGUAUGUGGUAGUCUUUCGUGAAGGGGUUAUCAGUUUUCACUUUUCUCAAACACCACAUCCAGCAAAUGUUCGACGAAGAAUUCGACAAUUGAAAGAUUACUUGAGGCUCACAGCUGAUUGGAUAUCAUAUGCUAUCAUUGAUGACAUUACUGAUGUUUUUGCUCCUUUAAUUCAAACUAUCGAAGAUGAAGUUGAUGAUAUUGAUGAUGCUAUUUUGAAACUUCACUCUCCUGCGGAGAAUGAGAAAUCAAAUAAGGAUAAUGAGAAAAAAUCCGAAGCUGGUGAUGGUACAUCAGGAGAAAGUGGAGGUGAUAUGCUUCGAAGAGUUGGUGAUUGUCGAAAGAAAGUUAUGGGUCUUUACAGAUUACUAGGUAACAAAGCAGAUGUUAUCAAGGGAUUCGCCAAAAGAUGUAACGAACAGUGGGAAAUUGCACCACGAAGUGAGAUUGGAUUAUAUUUGGGAGACAUUCAGGAUCAUAUUGUUACUAUGACUGGAAAUUUAUCUCAUUAUGAAAAAAUCUUAGCUCGCUCUCACGGAAAUUAUCUUGCUCAAAUCAACAUUCGUAUGAAUGAACGUCAGGAACAAACCGCUGAUGUUCUUGGUAAACUUACGGUUCUAGGAACCAUCGUCCUACCCAUGAAUAUCAUUACUGGUCUUUGGGGUAUGAACGUAUGGGUACCAGGUCAGGAGUAUGAAGGAGAUUUAACAUGGUUUUGGUGUAUCACAGCUGGAUUAUUAGCUUUUGGAUUGGCUUGCUUCUAUAUUGCUAAGACGGCUUAUAAGAUUGUCUAG